AUGCCGUUGCCAAAAGGAGAUGUUUCUUCAUUUUAUUACAGGUCAAAGUUAAAUGUUCUUAAUUUCACUAUUUAUGACAUGCAGAAAAAUAUUGCUGAUUGCUAUGUAUGGGAUGUAUCAAAUGGUCACAGAGGUGUGAAUGAGUUGGGAACUUGUAUAUGGAAAUAUUUGGAAAUGAAGUCUGAUAAAAAUGAAGGGGAUGUAAUUUUCUAUUCUGAUAACUGUCCCGGGAAAAAUAAAAAUAAAUUUAUACUUGCAUUAUACAUUCAUGCAGUUCAUCAAUUUAAAAAUAUAAAAACCAUCACACACAAGUACCUCAUAAAAGGCCACACUCAAAAUUAA